GGGCGACAGACUCCUAUUCCGCCAGUAGAGGGAGAGACAGCAGCAGCAGCGGAGAGCUAGGGCACCAGAGGCCAGCAUGGCAUUCGCAAGUGAAGCCGCUGCUUCAGCAGCCAUGGCAAUUGUUGCGCAGCAGAGUUCCCAGGCUAGCAGUUCAAGAUUUGUAGGGUCAAUGGUCGUGCACACCCAGAGUCAGUCCACUCGCGUGAUGGCAAGCCAGCCUAUAGUGUUGACCCCCGAGGAGGUCGUCAUACAGCGAGCAGCUAUUCGCGAGGCACAGCUACAGCAGGCAUUAGGGGAGAUUAAGGCAGAGAAAGAGAAGAUGAUUAGAAGAAGAGCCAGGAUGCAACGGAGAGAAGCGGACAUUAGUGAGUUAGAGGGAAUGGACCUGGCGCAUAUGGGUGAUGAUGUGAGGACCCUACGGACCGUCAUGCUAGAUGUAGUAGAAAUGCAGGACCACCGGACAGCUCUCUUAGAGGACAUCCAGCAGAGUCUGGCCGUUUUGGUCGGGCGUGCACAGGCAGCUCCAUCACCGUCCGGGCCUGGUGCCUGGCCCGUUGUACAGCCUCCUCCUUUUGUCCCACCGGUGACUGGGGUAUCCCCAUAUGUUGCUCCAGCAUCGGUCCAGGCCGGUUCUUUAGGUAAGGCCAACAUCAAUAUGUUCAACUUCCCCUCGUUUAGCAAGAAGGCCCUAGACCUUGAAGCAAAGAUAGGGCAUGGUCAGACACCCACGGCGGAUGGUAGGAAGAAGUCACUGCCUCCCAACUGGAAGGCGAAGGGCCGCAUUAUGUUCGUCAACAACGAUGGUUCUACCAUCGAGUUGGAUGACGACUUCCAGGCGGGAGUACGUUCAGAGGCGGGCAGCGUAGAAGCUUCAGCGGGUGGAGUAGUCGUUGUCGUAACUCAAAAAGGUAAGGCGACCGGUAGACGCCGUGGAGGUUCCCGGUCUAGGAGUCAAGCCGACCCUAACGCUCCUCCAUGGGAGAAAGCGGGUCUCAGUGAGGACGUGUGGAGAGAUCGGUACACGAGGCAGGCUUGUAUUCGUUGUGGCCAAUACGGCCAUAACCAGUUCAAGUGCCGAAAUAAGAAGGUGACCGAGAAGAUCCCGCCUACGAUGGGGCAAGCGUUGGGAUCCUCCGCUCCCGUUGGUAGCAAUGUGGCCAGUAGUUCUGGCACUGCUCCGGGAAACGCGUCGGGCGUCGUCCCGCAAACACAUUCGGACCCAUCGAGUCUUUGUUCGAAGAAUGUGUUUGAAUCCUCAGAGGAGCUAGAGGAGGAGUGGUCUCCAUCAGACCCACUAGCUUCUUGGAUGGCAUUGGUCAAAGCCCCUAGGAGUGAGAUGUUCGUUGGCGAGGUAGUCAUCAGCGGCCGUAAGGCCGGGGCCUAUUAUGACACUUGCUCGACUAGGAACUUCAUUAGUCGCGCGUGCGUUGAGAGGUUGCGCUUACAGGGGCAAGUGCAGCGCCUGAGUCGACCUGUGGAGUUGACCUAUGCCAACAAACAGGGCAUGGUAGUCCACGACUACCUUCAGAAUGUCGAGUGUUGUUUCCCGUACGCGGGAGGGGAACUGAGACAUCGCGUUUCGUUCCUAGUGAGCGAUGAUCUCGUUAUGGACAUCUUGUUAGGCGAGUUUGAUGAGCUUCGCCGACAACUCAAGGAACUCGUAGAGAAGGGGUGGAUCCGGCCGAGUGUUUCCCCUUAUGGAUCUCCAGUCCUAUUCGUACCAAAGAAGGGGCGGACUCUGAGGAUGUGCAUUGACUAUAGGGGCCUCAAUGCCAUCACUAUUAAGAACCGAGAGUCCCUACCGCGCAUCGAUGACUUGCUAGAUAGAGUGCAAGGGUGUCGGUACUUUAGUAAAAUAGAUCUGAAGUCCGGGUACCAUCAGAUUGCGAUUCGGCCCGGGGAUCAACACAAAACCGCUUUGCAGACCAGGUACAGUCUGUACGAGUUUGUGGUGAUGCCUUCCGGCCUUUGCAAUGCUCUUGGCACGUUUCAGCACACUAUGAAUCGGAUCUUUCCUGACUACUUGGAUAAGUUUGUCAUCGUGUACCUCGAUGACAUACUUAUUUUUGGUAGGACCGUCGAGGAGCAUGUUGCGCACUUAGACAAAGUCUUCAGUCUCCUUCGGCAGCACAAGUUCAAGAUCAACGGGGAGAAAUGCGAGUUUGGUCGCACCCGGAUCUUGUACUUGGGUCAUGAGAUUUCCACGGAGGGGUUGAAGCCCGAUGAUGCGAAGGUGGCCAGCAUUUGCGACUGCCCGCGUCCUCAGUCUGUGAUUGAGAUGAGGUCCUUCUUAGGGAUGACCGACUACUAUCGCAAUUUUGUGAAGAACUAUAGCAUAGUUGCCGCCCCUUUGACGGACCUGACUCGCCUUGACACCCCAUGGGAGUGGACAGACAGGUGUGAGGCUGCUUUCAGACAUCUGAAGCAUGCGUUGACACACCAUGAGGUCUUGAAACUUCCUGAUCCUGACAAGCCGUUUAUAGUUACCACGGAUACUAGCCAAUAUGGCAUAGGCGCCGUGCUCGCACAACAGGAGGGGCCAAAGUUGAGGCCAGUGGAGUACAUGUCCAAAAAGAUGCCCUCUCAGAAGUUGGCCAAGUCUACCUAUGAGAAGGAGUUGUACACGAUUUAUAAAGCACUAACCCACUGGAGGCACUAUCUCCUUGGGCGGUUCUUCAUUGUCAGGACUGAUCAUCAGACCUUGAAGUGGAUGAGAACUCAGCUUGUGCUCUCUGAUGCGCUGAAACGCUGGAUGGAAGUCAUUGAGCAGUAUGACAUCGAGCUCCAGUACCUCAAAGGUGAGUACAACAAAGUUGCUGACGUGCUUUCGCGUAGGCCAGACUUCUCCGGUGCGCUGAUCACUGAGUUUGGGCUUGCGGACGAUGUCACUCGCUCGUUGGUGGAAGCCUAUCGCGAGGAUCAGUUCAUGUCUGAGAUCAUACGCAGACUCGGGGCGAAGGACAAGGUGACUUCUGACGAGUUUGAGUUGGUCAACGACCUGCUGUUCCUUGAGAAGGCCAGGAAUAAACUGAAUUUCAAAUUCCGUUUGGACAUUUGAAUUGUAUUUUGAAGUGUGUAAUACAGUUCAAAUUUCAAAAUACAAUUCACGAAUCAAACUGCACUUCCGCU